UGGAACCCGGAAGCAGGAGCGGAGUGGGACGUCUGCAGCUUUGCCUCCUUUCUGCAAUCCGCCGUUUCUUUCCGCUCCGCAGGAAUUUGCCCUGCAGUAAUGGAUCGUGAACACAGGGCGAAGGUCUGCUGAAGACAGGUGGCUACAUUUCUAGUCAGGAAUGCGACUCCCCCCACCGCCGUGCUCAAGAUGAGGGAGUGGUGGAUUCAUGUGGGUUUGAUCUGCAUCCCGCUGGUGGCCGUCUACCUGCACAUCCCGCCCCCUCAGCUCUCACCAGCCCUACAGAAGUGGCACAAUGCCGGAGAGGUGUUCCACUUCAGAGGCAGGAAGAUCUUCUACAGAGACUCCUAUGGUGCUCUUGGAAGCUCUGACAUUGUCAUUCUGCUCCACGGCUUCCCCACCUCCAGCUACGACUGGAACAAGAUCUGGGAGCCGCUCACACAGCGCUUCCAUCGAGUCAUUGCCCUGGACUUCCUGGGGUUUGGCUUCAGCGACAAGCCACGACCACACAGGUACUCCAUCUUUGAGCAGGCCAGUGUGGUGGAGGCGCUGGUAUCCAACUUGGGUCUGAGCAACCAGCGAGUCAACCUGGUGUCCCACGACUACGGCGACACCGUGGCCCUGGAGCUGCUCUACAGGAGUGACCAAAAUCGCACAGGUCACCUGACCUUUAACAGCCUGUGUCUUUCCAACGGAGGCAUAUUCCCAGAAACACACUACCCACGGCUGCUGCAGACGCUUCUGAAGGACUCCAGUUUUCUGGCUCCGCUCCUGACUCGUCUCACCAACUAUAUGAUCUUCCAAAAGGGGAUCGGGGAAGUGUUCGGUCCGUACACGCAGCCCACAGACGCUGAGUUCUGGGACAUGUGGACGGGUUUGCGCUACAAUGAUGGCAACCUAGUUUUGGACAGUAUUCUCCAGUACAUCAACCAGAGAUUGAAACACAGAGAGCGGUGGGUGGGUGCGCUCACUUCCACCUUCGUCCCACUGCACAUGAUCUACGGACCCCUGGACCCGGUCAACCCCCAUCCUCAGUUCAUCCGUGUUUACCAGCAGCUGGUCCAGAGGUCGACAGUCACCAUUUUGGAUGAACACAUCAGUCACUACCCUCAGCUGGAGGAUCCCACUGGCUUCCUCAAUGCAUAUUUCAAUUUUAUUCACUCUUUCUGACGGGAAAUGCAACAGCCAUGUUCAAGAAUGAUGCUAAAACCUGUUCAAGCUGAGUGUACCAAAGUGAUAAAUGAUCACGUGGUGGAUAACACUCUCCUGAUGAUUGUAACCAGGAGAAACGCUGCUUUAAACUGAGAUUUAAUCACAACUGAUGGGUUACUUUACCAGCAUUAAUCUCUGAGAUGUCAGGUCCCAUCACAGACAUAAAAUCUGAGCUAAAAAAAAACAAAAAAAAAAAAAAAAAAGAUC